CCUCUUGCACUGGAGAUCCACAGUGGGCGCCGUGCAGGGCUUGGCUACAGACGCACUCUGUGCUGUGUGUCUGUACACUGCGUGCGUGAUUUCUAUUGCACCCACCCGCAGAGGUUUAACACAGUCGACCGGCAUGGUCACAUGCGGUUGGGUCGGUGGCGGUGUGCUGGUGGUUGCCCGGGUCAUUAGGGUGUUUGCGCAGGACGUGGCGAGCCGACGCCAGUGACCGGGCAGGUGAUGUUUGCUCACGUAAGCCGCUCGCGUUUGAUGAGGGGCGCAGGGGACGCGGCUGGAGGGUGCGCGCUACUGUUGCAUCGCCUCACCGGAUAACCGCUGCUAUCUCAUCCUGUCCGUCUGUUCGUCCCUGGUUUUCUUCACUCUUUUUUAAAAUAUUUUGCUUACAGACAAACGGAUUUGCAGGAGUGGAACUCUUUUCACGAUCGAAAUAAGUGGAUAAAGGACCCGACCUUGCGUGUGCGUGUGCGUGGAGUGCGUAUCGUUUCUUGUGAUUCCCCUUGUACGCGCAAGCUGCUUUUUUCCUACCAGAGAGGCAAUGCGCCCACCCAUGCGAUGCUAGCCUAUUAGCUGGAGAGAGAGAGAGAGAGAGAGAGAGAGAGAGAGAGAGAGAGAGAGAGAGAGAGAGAGAGAGAGAGAGAGAGAGGUUUCAGCCCUGGAUUCGAGAGGAGGCUAAUUUACGAGUCUUGUUUUGCCUUUCAGGAAAAGGGGAGAUAAGAGGGGGAGGGUGGUUGGUGAAGGAGAAUGCAGCAAUCACAUUUUUAAGCAUGCAGAAACGGGCCGUUUCCGGUUCCUAGGCUGGUGUGUCCCCCCAUCCGAGGCCAGCAGCCGUAUGGGGAAAGCAGCGGCAGACACAGAUGGCAUGGACACUUCCACAAGGUCUGCCGCUCUGCCCUGCCUGCUCUGCCGGAGCCCGUUCGCCGCCGUCUCUCUCUUCCAGCUCGCUCCGCCGCCCAGCAGCACUGCAGCACAGCACAGGCUGACGGCAUGAGGCUUGAUCCAGUGCAUUUCUCCAUGCUGGUCAUCGGGGUCUCCUUCGCCUGUUACGCCCCGAGUCUCAACUCCCUCCAGGACCAGGCGUACCGAUCAGCCGUGGUCAUCGAGGGCGAGGUGCGCUCCUCCCCGGAGAACGUCUCCUCCCGGGAGCCCUACAGUGUGAAUGUCAAAGUGCUGGACGUGUGGCCCGUCAACAGCGGCGGCCUCGAGAGGGAGCAGCUCGUGACCGUCGGGGACUUCGGUUCCGAGGCCCCGUGCACCACGGUGGAGAAGGACCACAGAUAUAUCUUUUUCAUGGACCCGACCGCCGAGCCCUUGGUAUUCAAGGCAUCGUACGCCCCUGUGGACGCUAGCGAGCCGGAGCUGAAGAAGGAUGUGGAGAGAGUGUUGUGCGAGGACUGCGCCUCUGCUCCUAAGCUGCGGCCGAUGCAAGACCAGUCUCUGAUGGAAGGGGAAAAGCUGUACUUGAAGUGCGAGGCGUCGGGGAAUCCCAGCCCUUCCUUCCGGUGGUACAAAGAUGGACAUGAGCUUCAGAAAAGCAGAGACCUCAAAAUAAAGACCAACAAAAAAAACUCUAAGGUGCAGAUCAGUCGUGUCCGUGUGGAAGACUCUGGAAACUACACCUGCGUGGCUGAAAACUCACUAGGACAAGAAAACGUCACGAGUAUAAUCAGCGUGCAGAUCUUGACCACCACCACCCCGUCUCCAGGUGUGAGUCACGCGAGGCGCUGCAAUGAUUCGGAAAAGGCCCACUGUGUCAACGGAGGAGACUGUUACUUCAUACAUGGUAUUAACCAGCUGUCCUGCAAGUGUCCCAAUGACUAUACGGGGGACCGCUGUCAAAACUCCGUCAUGGCCGGUUUCUACAAGGCUGAGGAGCUCUACCAGAGGCGUGUGCUGACGAUCACAGGCAUCUGCGUGGCGUUGUUGGUGGUUGGCAUCGUUUGUGUGGUGGCCUACUGCAAAACCAAGAAGCAGAGGAAGAAGAUGCAGAGUCACCUACACCAGAACCAAAAUCAGUGUGUGGAGCAACCCAACCGCAUGCUGGCAAAUGGGCCCAACCACCCCGGUCCUGGUCCCGAGGAGAUUCCCAUGGUUGACUACAUCUCCAAGAGUGUCCCUACGACAGAGUGUGUGAUCAGCCACGGAGCUGAGGGUGCAGGCAACUACGCAGGCAGCCGAAUGUCUACCCGCUCCCACCACUCUACCACUGCCUCACAUGCUUCCAGACACGAGGAGCAGACGUGGAGCAUGGAGCGAACAGAGAGUAUGAACUCAGACUGCCAGUCAGGUGGGCUGUCCAGCUCUGUGGGAACCAGUAAGUGCAGCAGCCCGGCAUGUAUGGCAAGGAGGGCUGCCCACUGGGGCUGUACGGACAUGUCCGGACCGGGAAUGCAGUACGGGGAUUCCUACGACUCGCUAAGAGACUCACCUCACAGUGACAGAUAUGUGUCUGCGCUGACCACGCCAGCGCGCCUGUCUCCGGUGGAGUUCCACUACCCCCCGCUGCCACCCCAGGUGCCCACCUUCCAGAUCACUUCGCCCAACACAAGCCACGCCCUCUCCCUGCCCCCCGCCGCUGCCGCCUACCACAGAGAUGACGACCAGCCACUGCUACGUUGCCCUGAUGAUGGAAGUUUAUACAGGCAGCCCCGGCGUCCGCGGCGACCCUACCUGACAGAGAGCACAGGAAGUCUACCAUCCAGCCCCUACCGUCUCCCUGAUGACGAGGCCUACGAGACCACCCAGGAGUACGCCUCUUCACGGGAACCCAUCCGGAGUCGGCGCCGCCCGCGACGCAACCGCCUCAACGGACACAUCUCUCAGCGGUCAGUGGGCCUACGGGACUACAGCUCGCAGAGCUUCAGCCAGUCAGAGGAGGAAGAGGAAGAGGAGGAGGAAGAGGACACUCACGGGGAGAGCACACCUUUCCUUAGUAUGCAGAACAUGAACGUGGACCUGCCCUUAACCGUCCCGGGUUUCCGUUCGUCAUCGGGUGCGGACACACGGACUCACCGCGGGCUGAGUCGGCCGGGGACGCGCAGCAACGGGCAGAGUCGCGGCUCCCAGUCGCAACGCUCCAAGGCUGACAACAUGCCCCUUUAAGACUUAAGACCUCCCCCCUACACCCACCCAUACACCCCUGCCACCCCCCACCCCCUCCACCUCACAUACUCCCCUUCCUCCUACACACAACCAGUGGACUAGAGACCUGCACCUAGGAGAAAUAUUUUUAUUUUGUAUAACAGACAGAUAUUCUAAACAAAUGAAAUAUUUAUUUUCAUUUCAGCAAAAAUUGUCUACUAGCUAACAGCAAAGACUUUUUUUAUAACGGGGGGGAAAUAUUUAUAUGUAAAGUUUUUUGAUUUACAGCAUUAUGAGAGAUGAAAAAAUAAGAGAAUUACGUGCCAAUUUUUUCACGAGUUAGAUAAAUAGAAUAAUAUUGUGGUGCCUUUUGCUGUAUGCUGAAGUCGGAGGUCCCAUUGAGUUUUUGUAGCCUUUCUUAUAAAGACUCCUCGUUUUUAUAGAGACCAACCCUCUUCCUUCCUUUUGCUUUGGUUUUUUCUCUGAUUUGGGAUCUUCCUCUUUUUGAACUGUGAUCUGAUUAUGUCAUCAUGCAAUAUUGAUUCCUCCUGUGUAAAAGGUGUCUGUUUACAUGAGUAUGAUCCACGCGAUGCGCUCGUUUCACAGGGACAUUUAGUCACUGACGCAACCGGAUGUGUAGGGUAGUUUUCUUGGAUGAUUUUUGGAUGAAUCUUUCCAGAUGAACACACAUCGUUCAUUUAUGUCCUCGUACGCUGCCUGUCAGUCAUUUGUUGUUAUUUCUGUGAAGACAAGAGUGUUAGGGAGCUGUUGAGGGAAAGUGACCUCAGAUUCCUGUGUAGGUGUUCAGGGUGCUGCCAUGUGACUGGUGGUGUUUGCAAUGUGUGUGUGUGUGUGUGUGUGUGUGUGUGUAUGUAUGUGUGUGCCUGUAUGCAGUCUGUACACCUCAUGAAGCCUCAUUUGGUUGGCGCCUCCGUUCACCUUCGAGGGUGUGGUCUCUUGUUUGACUGACAUGCUCCUCCCACCAAUCCUCACGCUGCCAGAAGCUCCAUUGCACUGUAAGAACCUCCCUCCGUGAGCAGUCAUUGGCCAGGGAGCUGCCGAUCCAAACCGACCUAACCAAUCCAGUUGUAAUCCAGCCUGACUCUGGCCUCCCGUGGACUGCCCAGCCCGCCCGUUUCCUAUGCCAGCAGCUUAGAGCCGCACUGUGUCUCAGGACUUCCCCAUCACAUCACAGCCAAAAGACUCAAGCAGAGAGAGCACGUCAUCUCAGUCACAGUUCAGUCCGCAGGCCAGAUCCACAUCCCCUCACUCUCCUUCCUGUCCGUCCGUCAGCUUUGUUGCGUUCACUCGUGGCCAUGAUUAAGGGAGUGUUGGUAAAAACUCUUGAAAUCAGAAGGGAGAUUCAGUUACUUUCUUUUUUUUACUUCAAAAGGUUGUGUGUACGUGUGUAAGUGGGCAUGUGUGUAGUGUGUGGGUCACAAUGAUGACGAUGAUGAUGAUGAUGAUGAUGAUGAUGACGAAAAAAUGAUGUUGAGACCACAUCUGUUCGCUCUGAUGCAGGGGCGUAGCUAGGAAAUCUGGGCCCCCUGAGAGGAAAAUGAUCUGGGUUCCCCCCUUUCUUUUUUGUACUAAUAUAAUCCUACUGGAAACUUUACGGGCCCUCUCCAGCUGUGGGGCCCUAGAAUUGUCACCACCUUUCACCCCACUAGCGACGGCACUGCUCUGAUGGGGGGGAAAAAAGUGCUUGCAUUGAGGGUGCAGGUUCCCACUGCUAGAGAGUGAGUUGUUGAGUCUGAUUCUACUUUUUAUUUAGCUCACAGCCAAACAGUGGUAUAUGAUAAUACUGAUUACUGCAUCCUUGAUUUGCAUUCCUAUACUUUUAUUGAUUGAACUUACUUUGCUUGGUCAUAUUGACUGAAUGAUCUGUUACAUGUCUGUCUCUGUCUGCCCCCUUCACCUCGCAUCGCCUCGUCCCCUCACCUUCAUGUCUUUCUUACCCCCUUACCGACCUUCAGAAGCAACUAGCGUUGGAUGAAUCGAGGCCCCAUCUCCUGACGAGUACAUAUUACUGAACAGCACACUAACAGUAGGCUGAUCAUGUCAGAAACUCUUCCACUUCAGAUAUAUACAUCGGGUUUAGAGACCCUUUCAAGUUCACUGAGGAAAAUGUGUCAGAUACAAUAUAUGUCCCUGUUAGAGUUAAUUUUCAAUACGUAGAGUUGUUUUCGGUUUGUUUCCUUUUGUUCACACAGGAGAUGCAUGGAUCACAGAUGUAGAGAGUAUCUUAAAAAUGACGAGGAACCCCUCAGAUUCAGGGGAAUCAUACUAGAAUUAUAUAAAAACAUUAUUUGGGUUCAUGGCCCAAAGGUCUGGUUAGUUUUGUCUUACUAUCACUGUAAUCAAUCUGGGAUUUGCAAUGUGGAAAUACUGCAAGUGAGGGUAGUGUGCUUCUAGAGCUAGUUGAAUUGUUAACACCCCCCGCCCUCUUUCUCCUCACCCUGCACUCCCCCCUGCCCUGUACAUACACAUACAUACUUAUAUUAUACACACCCCAUACAUAAUGAAGCACACACACAUACACACACACACACACGCACACACACACACACACACACACACCAAGCCCUUCCAUGUUUGUGUUUGUCAAGCAGUUUGCCUUUGUCUUUUUUACCUCCCGACUCCCUCUCUCCUCUUUCCCUCCCCCUCCCUUCCUUCCCCCCUUUUCCUCUUCCUCGUCCUCGUCCUCCUCCUCCUCCUCCUCCUCCUCCUCCUCCUCCUCCUCCUCCUCUCCUCUCCUCUCACUCCCAAACCCCCACCCCCUGCAUGUCCUAGUGGUACUGGUAGUUGGGUGCAUGGAAAAAGCAGCAAGCAAAUCGUUUUUCCACUCGGUGAAAAAAAUAAAAAUGUGUCUUCAUUUUAACAUUCAGCAAUAAAUCCCCUUCUCUUCAUGUCCAUCAUUCUUGGAAUAUGCUAGAAGAUUUUUUGCAAGUUUUAUCAAAAACAUACUACUUGUAAAAGAAGAAAAAUCCCAAACCACCCCUUCAUAUGAAAAAUAAAACUUUAUUCCUACCAUUUUGAAACAGUCCUGUCAUCUUUGUAGCAAAUAAAACAGUUGUUUCUUG